GUGCCCCACGCAUGCUCCGCCAAACCUCGGCAGGAGGAGACACACUGAGAAACCGCGGGUGGCUUCAGGCACAGUGACGGACCCGGGGGGGCAGCGCCCUGACCACGGCGCAGUAUCGGCGAGCGCCACGGGUGCCUGUCCCCAUCGUGGUCAGCACCUGGGGGCCGCACGUGACCUGCAUCUCCUUUUCCAGUGUGGAAACAUGGCCCGGGAAGGUCUGCGCACCCUCGUGGUCGCCAAGAGGGCGCUGACAGAAGAGCAGUACCAGGACUUCGAGAGCCGCUACAGUCAGGCCAAGCUGAGCAUCCACGACAGGGCGCUCAAGGUGGCUGCGGUGGUGGAGAGUCUGGAGCGGGAGAUGGAGCUGCUGUGCCUCACAGGGGUGGAGGACCAGCUGCAGGCCGACGUGAGGCCCACCCUGGAGAUGCUACGGAACGCGGGCAUCAAGAUAUGGAUGCUAACAGGCGAUAAACUCGAGACCGCGACAUGCAUCGCCAAAAGCUCACAUUUGGUGUCUAGAACACAAGACAUUCACGUUUUCAGACCAGUAACCAGUCGGGGAGAGGCCCACUUGGAGCUUAACGCCUUUCGGAGGAAGCAUGAUUGUGCACUGGUCAUAUCUGGGGACUCCCUGGAGGUCUGCCUCAAGUACUAUGAGCACGAGCUCGUGGAGCUGGCCUGCCAGUGCCCGGCCGUGGUGUGCUGCCGCUGCUCGCCCACCCAGAAGGCCCACAUCGUGAAGCUGCUGCAGCAGCACGCAGGGAGACGUACCUGCGCCAUCGGUGACGGAGGAAAUGACGUGAGCAUGAUCCAGGCGGCAGACUGCGGCAUCGGGAUCGAAGGGAAGGAGGGCAGACAGGCCUCCCUGGCCGCGGACUUCUCCAUCACGCAGUUCAAGCACAUCGGCCGGCUGCUCAUGGUGCAUGGGCGGAGCAGCUACAAGAGGUCGGCGGCGCUCGGCCAGUUCGUCAUGCACAGAGGCCUCAUCAUCUCCACGAUGCAGGCCGUGUUUUCUUCUGUCUUCUACUUUGCGUCCGUCCCUCUGUACCAGGGAUUCCUCAUGGUGGGGUAUGCGACUCUGUACACCAUGUUCCCAGUGUUCUCGCUAGUGCUGGACCAGGACGUGAAGCCGGAGAUGGCCAUGCUCUACCCGGAGCUCUACAAGGACCUCACCAAGGGAAGAUCCUUGUCCUUCAAGACCUUCCUUGUCUGGGUGUUGAUCAGUAUUUACCAAGGCGGCAUCCUCAUGUUCGGGGCUCUGCUCCUGUUCGAGUCCGAGUUUGUGCACGUGGUGGCCAUUUCCUUCACGGCCCUCAUCCUCACCGAGCUGCUCAUGGUGGCCCUGACCAUCAGGACGUGGCACUGGCUGAUGGCGGUGGCCGAAGUCCUCAGCCUGGGCUGCUACGUGGCCUCGCUCGCUUUUCUAAAUGAGUAUUUUGGUAAGUUGCCAUGGGAAUCUUUUUUGUCUGUUACUGGUUUUUAUACGUUUUUUAUUGUUACUUCUUCAUACACUGUCUUAAAUUGCAAAUCACAAUAAAACCCACAUCAGAAA